AUGCUGCUCGAAGCCGCCGACGCGGCCUACCUCCUCGUGAGCGCCGUUUCGCAGCCACUCGCCGAGGGCAUCGUUGAGGGCAUCCACACGGCCGUCGAAUACGGGAUCCAGACCAUCCUCGACAUGCCCGACCGGGAGUGGGUGCUGGGCAUGGCAAUCGCCAUGUAUAUCAGCCUCGUCAUCAGCGAAAACACCAACCACGCGGACCCGCGGACUCUGGACAGUCUGCAGACGCCCUACACGCUCCUCGGCGUGUCGACCCGGUCGUCCAGGCGCGAGAUAAACAUGGUCUACCAGCGGGCCCGGCAGACCGCUGCGAACGCCUCCCAGCUGGCCGCCUACGAGCAAGCGUACGAGAUCCUGACCGACCGGCUCCAGCGCUGCAUCUACCACCGCGACACAGGGAUCCCCGACUGGUACGGCGUCCCCAUGCUCUGCUGGGUCGAGAAAGCCCGCGCCAGGCUGAAAGCCGCUAAGCGGAGGGUGGAGGAGGCCUGGGACAGCCCGUUCGACGAGCUGUACGAAUCGGUGCGCAAGCUGGCGGGCGGGCUGCCCGACCCAGCUGCGAACCUGAAUGCCACAACCGCACAAAGCGGACUGGCAGGCUCAAGAGAACUGACUUCUUGCAGGACUCUCCAACUCUGGGCCGACCAGCUUCCCCUCUCUACCAUCUCUCUCGUUCUCGCCCUGCUCAUUCUCCCGGCCGUGGUGCUCGGCAUCUAUUUCUGCUGCGCACCGUUCCGGCGUUUUCCACAUCACAGCGACACUAACUAUGCUUGCCGCGGUCUUCUUGCUGCCCUCCCCUCCGGCGGUGCUGCCAAGACGCUGGUCGCUGUUUUCCAAUCCAGCCUUGUCGAUUCGGAGUGGUGCUUGAUGCAUGACCUGCUCGGCUCGACUUGGAGGGGUAAAGUCGAGGGAAGGUGA